GAGUCGGGAGCAGCCAUGUCGGCCGGCGGCGAGGUGGAGCGGCUGGCGGCGGAUCUGAGCGGGGCCGGCGCCGGGGAUGAGGAGGAGGAGUGGCUCUAUGGCGAUGAAAACGAAGAGGAGAGACCAGACGAAACGCCUGCCAGUGUUCCACCCCCAACUGGAAAUGAAGAAGAGGCUGCUGAAAAUGGUGUCGUGAAAACGAAAGUGACAGAGGCUGAGGAUGAUAGUGACAGUGACAGCGAUGAUGAUGAAGAUGAUGUUCAGGUCACUAUAGGAGAUAUUAAAACAGGAGCCCCUCAGUAUGGGUAUGGUGCUGCACCUGUGAAUCUCAACAUCAAAACUGGAGGGCGUUCCUAUGGAUCCUCUGGUGCUAAAGUAAAAGGGGUUGAUCUUGAUGCACCAGGAAGCAUUAAUGGUGUCCCACUAUUAGAAGUUGACUUAGAUUCCUUUGAAGACAAACCUUGGAGAAAACCAGGUGCUGAUCUUUCAGAUUACUUCAAUUAUGGGUUUAAUGAAGACACCUGGAAAGCAUACUGUGAGAAACAAAAGAGGAUACGCAUGGGACUCGAAGUUUUACCUGUUACCUCAACAACAAAUAAAAUUACGGCCGAAGACAUUGCUAUGGAAGUAACACCAGGGGCAGAGAUUCCAGAUGGCAGAUACAAUCUUUUUAAGGUACAGCAGGGCAGAACUGGAAAUGUGGAGAAAGAAAUAUCACUGCAGCCAACCAAAGCUGAGUUUACGUCUCCUCCACCCUUAUUCAAAACGGGAAUCCCUUCAAACAGAAACAGCGCCUCGUCUCAGUCGCAGACAAGCACUGCCAGAAAAGUCAGUUCAGGCAUCGGGAAAUGGCAGGAACGAUAUGGGCGGUCUGAAUCGCCUGAACUAAGAAGGCUGUCUGGUACAAUAGAUGUGAUUGGACAGACUAUCACAAUCAGCCGAGUAGAAGGAAGGAGGCGUGCCAACGAAAACAGCAACAUACAGGUUCUCCCUGAACGCCCCAGCGCUGAUGUGGAUAACAAUUUUUCCAAGCCCCCUCCAUUUUUCCCUCCAGGAGCUCCUCCCACUCAUCUUCCACCGCCUCCUUUCCUUCCACCACCUCCAUCUGUCAGUACCGCUCCCCCGUUGAUUCCCCCACCAGGAUAUAAAGGCACAGGUAUACCAAUAACUGUGCCACCUCCAGGCUUUCCUCCUCCACCUGGAGGACCACCGCCUUCCCUUAUACCAACGAUAGAAAGUGGACAUUCCUCUGGCUAUGAUAGUCGCUCAACUCGUGCGUUUCCGUAUGGUGGUGUCACCUUUCCGCACCUUGCAGGUUCUGCUCCGUCAUGGACUAGUCUCAUGGACACAAGCAAACAGUGGGAUUAUUACUCCCGAAGAGAUAAAGAGAGAGAGCGGGAGAGAGAUCGAGAUAGAGAAAGGGACCGUGACCGUGACAGGGAGCGAGAGCGUACCAGGGAAAGGGAGCGCGAGCGCGACCACAGCCCCACUCCUAGCGUGUUCAACAGUGAUGAGGAGCGGUAUAGGUACAGAGAAUAUGCAGAUAGAGGCUAUGAGCGGCAUAGAACAAGCAGAGAGAAGGAGGAACGACACCGAGAAAGGAGACAUCGAGAAAAGGAAGAGACGAGACACAAGUCAUCUCGAAGUAACAGCAGGCGCCGCCACGACAGUGAAGAAGGAGACAGUCACAGGAGACACAAACACAAAAAGUCCAAAAAGAGCAAAGAAGGAAAAGAAACUGGUGGUGGCGAACCUGCCCCAGAACAGGAGAACUCUGAAGCUGCCCCUACAGAAUAGGCAUGUGUGACUUUUGUCUACCUGCUUCUAUUAGUGCCAGAAAUAGAUUGCUCUAAAUCUAAUUAUUUUUCUGGGUCUUAACAAAAAAAAUUGCUCUUAAUCUUGUUCUGUUAGUAUAACGCAUAAGUUUAAUUUGAAUUUUUGAAAAUAAAAAGAGUGAAUUUUUCAUGUUUAAA